UCGAAAAUAAGCUGAACACAAGACCGAAUCUGUCAAAAGUCGGUGUGUUGCUGAGUCUUUGUUAUUAUGAUCUGAAACGAGUUUUCCUGAGGAAUAUUUUUAGUUAGUUGUAAGAAGUCGAAGAAAAAAGAAAAGAAAACCAAAUCGAUUUGAAAUGAAGCGAGCUUUUCAGCAGUUUGUAGUCGCUGCUGCGCCAAGAUUACGAAAUACCCGUUGUGGACGAACAGACAGCCAAUUUUACCGUACCUUUGCAUCACAAUCUGCCGUCGAAUCGUCGACGAGUAAUCAACCAAAAAAUGACAAACCGAAGCUAAUUUUAAGUGAAAUGUGCAUAAAAAAACUCAAAGAAAUUUCGGAACGCGAAAGUAAAAAAUAUCUGCGUGUUACUGUCGAUGGCGGUGGAUGCUCUGGUUUCCAAUACAAGUUCGAUUUGGACGAUAAAGUGAAGGAAGAUGAUGUAGUGUUUGGCGAUGGUAACAGUCAAGUGGUAAUUGAUACGCUUUCAUUGGACUAUUGUGACGGUGCGACCGUAGACUAUCACACCGAACUGAUCAAAUCGGGGUUUCGCAUCCUGAACAAUCCAAAAGCUGAACAAGGAUGCAGCUGUGGUGCAUCGUUUUCAAUAAAAUUUUGAAAGAAAAAAUAUGUAAAAAAAAAUGCGUUUGCUAUUGAUCUAGUCGACAAAUGUUGUUUUUAGACAGUAAGACAUUGUAUUCAGUGAUUGAAAUAACAAGCGAAUCAAAUUAGAAAUUAAAA